CCCAUUUGCCCAUUACUACCAAUUAUUUAUUCACGACACGUCAGCAUACCUGCUUCUCUCUCUCCCACUUAAGAGUAAUUCUACCCUUUCUACGAGGUCAAUCAAGUAACAAUACUCCGUACAAGCUCCGUACUCGUUCCCAACGGCGGUCUGUGCGGAUCCCAAGACACGCUAGAGACGAUCGCAACACGCAAAACUUUGUGGUGGGGAAAGUCAGCCAUCUUCUUCCCCUCGACAUUCAUCAUCUCACCAACCUUCGCCCCUCGAUUAGACUACCACCCACACCAUCCUCGAUCUCGAAUUGUCGCUCAUCGGUCCCGUCUCGCGACCGAUAAUUAUAGCAGUCUCUCUACUCCCGCAAAGCUCGCAAAAGACUCUCCCGGUCUUUUUGCGAUCUUUGCUCCGGCUUGGUCGGCAACCACCGACGACAACUUCCAAACCUACCCUGAAUGGACUGUGGAAGCGCUGCAACGGCUGCGGGGAUCGACCCCAAAAUACUCGAUAAUUGGCAAACCGACGGUGCCUUUUCCGUCGCUUCGUGGGAACACCUUGGAUACGAUCAACCUCCCGAGUGGGAUACCAGCCAGGAAUCGAGCCAGUGUGCCGAUGUCGCGGACCUAGGCGCCUUCCACGAUCCGCUCACGGGCGCGCUGCUCGAUCGCCCCCGUGGUAUUCAGCAUCUGGACAAUAGGAAUCGCGAUGUAACGGAGAACUUCAACUACACGGAUGGCGUCGCCGAGGGCACUGGUAGCGGCACGAUCAGCCCUCGUACGCUGCCCUCAUCCGCCGAUGACAACUUCCACGCCGAGGAAACGUGGCCGCACUUCCAACUGUUCAACUCGGUCGCAGCCGGCGUGAACCUCGAGCACCCGAUGCUCUACCCGUAUGGCAAACCCCCGAAUAACUCGACUGGCGCCGUGAUCGUGGAGGAUGUAGGAGAGAUGCCUCAGGGCCAAGGAUUCUCGGAUGCUUCGGCCGAAUCCAUCAUGUUCCAGCAAAUUCCGCCAUCGUUCCCCAUAAUGGCAGACCAGUGGCCCCAGAUCCCCCAUGGCAUUUCCAUGGAGAACAUCCCCGGCCAAGGACCCAUUCCGCUGGCGAUCAACCAGAGUAACGCCAAGAGUCACAGUUUGCGCGACUUUCAACCAUCCAUUCGAUCACUCGAGUCCCGAUGGCUGAACAGCCUGGAGUCGCAACUUCCCGUGUCACAGAUAACCCCGGCACCUCUUCACGCUUCUCAGAAGAAUGGCCAGGCCGUGCAAGAUGGGUUCCACUACAAGUCAGAGAGCUCUUCAGUGUCUGGCGACGUUUCUGGAAUCUACGAGUGCUCGUACUCCGCCACCAGUGACGAUGCUCCGGCGUUUGCGGAUCGCCCAUUGGAAGAUGAUGCACAGUGGAAGAUUCCUACUCCUGACGCGAGCUCUCCGGAGAGCGCGCAAUCGAUGGCCAAGGCUACUGCCUUCAUGGUCACCGAGACCCCUCCCGAAUCACUCAUCAGCACCAUUCCCUCGCGAUCUCGGGCCUCCUCAUCGGCUGGCCAGCGCUCAUCAGGCCGCCCCAUGGCUCUUGCCAUGCAAUCCGCGGCUACCGUGCGGAAGCGCAAGAACCGAUCUGCAGGGUCCUCCAUGGACCAGGCUCUGCCAAAGCCCUUGCAGAUCGUUCAAGAGGACGGACAGGGCGGAUCUAUUGCCUCUGCCGAUUUCGUGUCUCCUCCACGAGGCGCUCGCCGCAAGGGCCCUCUGAGCAUGGUCGGGCGAGCCAAUGCCGGCCUGCGCCGUAAGAACAAGGACACUUGUGUCCAGUGCCGGCUGAAUAAGCGCAAGUGUGAUGGAAGCGCACCAUGCGAUGCUUGCCGACCCACCCUCAACGAACAACCCUGCGCGCGCGCCUGCUUCUCCAGCAUCGUAGAGUUUGGAACCUGCAACUACAUCUCCCAACGAGCUGUUAACCAUCCGACCGUGGAUGGCGCUAGCAGAGUUCGGAUGGAAAUCCCAUCAGAGUUCGAUCUGAGUCAACUUCUGUCGUUCCUCAACGAGCGUCAAGGACGGUUCAACAUUCGCGCCAGUCAAGGCUGGGGUUCCUUGUACGUUCUCGACCUCGGCGAGACCUACAAAUUCCUCAAGGGGCUGAGCGAGUACAACGGCAACUCAAAGUCGACUUUCCUCGAUUUUAUUGACCGUCGUAUCGUGGAGUCUAAGGACAAAUCUAAGAACUGGUUGUCCUGUGUCAAGGACUGUGACCCAAUGGCCCAAGCCUACACUUUGCUCUCGCGAUGGAACAACAUGCCUUCCCGCGCUCAGUACACAUUUGUCCCUCUCGACGGUGAUGGCGAGGAACGCCCUAUGGACAUCAACAAUCCGGAAGAGCGACGCGACAUUCUGUUGGCCGCACAACUCUCCCGUAUUAUCUGCCGCAUGCUCGAAGUGGAGGGUUUCCGCAAACUCGAGCGCGACUUCUACAAUAUCAAGUGGAAGCAAAUCUCGCACGAGACCCACAUUCGCUUCCUGGGCGAACUGGGUCAGAUCCUACUCACACUGCGGUGGCGAGUGUCCUGGUGGAAGCGUCUGGGUGACGGUGGCCAAGCCCCCGACCCGUCGCAGCAGCACUACAUCGACCGCGUUGACCUCCUGUGCCGCAUCCUGUAUGUUUACUAUACUUGCGUACUGGCUAAGCUGCCAUCGUGGUCGAUGGCCGAUGUGCCCAAGGGUAUCUGGUCGUCGUACGCAGACUCGGAGAAUGCAGUUUGGGAUGACUUCCCAUCCGAUGCCUCCGAUGCAGGAUUCCAGUCUUGGCUGCAGCGUGGCCAGGAGCUGAUUGAGCAGGCCGGCGUUCCGGCCAAGGUUUCCAAAAUCUAAAGGGUCAUAGUACGGAGCGCUAUCCUGCUUAAGCGCAACAUCUACAUGGCAAAAAAAAAAAAAACAAAGUGUGGGCGGCAUCGGAGUUGGACUUAUAGAUACCCUGAUUUCUUUUUGUUUCUUAUUUCUUUUUCUUCUAAUCUUGCAUGCUUUGGAUGGAUCGCGACUACUGAUAUACUCAUCAUCUUGCACUCCGUUUCAUGAUUUAUGAUCUCUGCUUCCGGCUUUUGAUAUCGACAGACCUUGUUGGCUCAUCUUCAACAUGGACCUACCACUCUGCGAUUAAAUUCUGCUUUUGGAUUUUCCUGUAUAUGGAUUUGACUUUCGUGUUACAUACGUUUUUCCUUCUCGCGAGGGUUGAUUUGAAGCUUAAAAAAUUUGAUUAGAGCAUAUUCUGGAGUC